GCUUUCGCGCCGGCUGCAGCGGCUCGCGGCGCCAGAUCUGGGACGCGGCUUGCCUGGAGAAGCAAGCGCAGCGCACCUAGAACGAGUUUAGCCCUCCCUCUCUGCCCUCAGGCAGUCAGGCUCAUCUCCGUUUCGUUCGCCCUUUCCCUUCUCUCUCUCUCCUCCCCGGUCUUCCGUUCCUGGCGGCGCCGACUGAGCAAGCGGCGGCGCCAUUCGCCCACGCCUCCGCCAGGCCCUUUGCGGGCGACGAGCACCCACCAGGGUAAAGUUGCAUCGGAGCUGCAUUUGAUCCUCGGAGAUGAUGAACGAGUCUUUUCUUGAUAGGAUGGUUUCCCAGCUUCGGUCAACAUGCAAGUACUACACUGGAUAUCCCAAGGACCUAGGGCCAUCAAGAAUCAUACCAUUCACAUCUGAGCGUCAGUUUGUACAGCUAUUGCAUGAAGGAAGGCCUAUAGUUGUUGCCUUUACUAUUAAGUGCACUUAUACACAUCAUCUUGAUAAAGUACUGGAAGAGGCAGCUGCCACAUUUUAUCCACAUAUCAAGUUUGUCAGAGCAGUGAAUAUUCUUCUUCUCCGCUGUCAGGUCGAGUGCCCAAAGUAUCCAGGGUUUUGCCUCACUAGGCAAAGGAAUGAAUAUCCAUUUGUUGAAGUAUUUUACAAUCCGGAACAGGCUGCAAGCCAAGGAAAGAGCGUGGAUCCUAACAUCACCAAGUAUUCUGUAAAAGUGCUACCUUUCAACUAUGAUCAGAGCGUGUAUGGAUUUCGGGAAUAUUUCAAGAAGCAUGGUUUCAAGUAUUCUGAAACAAACUAAUUCUGCCAUUAGGAAUCUGUGAUGAGAGAAGGCCUAGGGGGUUAACAUGGAGGCAUUCGUUGUCAGAGUUGAACCGUGGGACUUUACUGGUCUCUUUCCUAGUUCGAGGAAUGCCUGCCAUGUACUCAUGUUAGGGUAUAGUCCAGGCCUUUAGAUUAGCACAGCAAUACCAAAUGCGUGCUGAGCUAUCAACCUUCAUUCCGGUAAAUUAAACAUUUCCCCAACCACAACCAGGAAUGAGUAUAUUGCACGUCUUUUUUUCGAAUGCGAGUGGUUUGCUAUGGUGUCAUAUUAGUUGGAGGUGGCAGUUUUUAUAGCGCAGACUGGCAAAGCCUCUGGACAAUAUGAUGUCGUUCUAUUGUAAAAGAAAUAUCGGGGUGACUAGUUGCUGCAAGUGGAUCCGAUUGAGGUUUGUUCCUAAGUGGAUCCGAUUGAGGUUUGUUCCU